GUUCAUCUACAAUGAGGAUGAUCUCAUCAAAAGCUUACCCUUCGCCCUCUCCCUCUCCUGUCAUAUAUAUAGAUGAUAGAUAACGCCGCGGGUAAAACCGAUUACGGUGGUCAGGGUCGGUCAGUCCUGAGAUAGGUACUGACGACACUGCAUCCAUACUAACAGGGAUGACGGGUCACUUUUAAUCCGUGUUGUUUGUUUGUUUGUUUGUUCUUGUUGAUGUUGAUGUAAUGGCGUACUGGACUAACUUGUAAACACCAUGCCGAGCCACGACAAUACCGUUAACGUUAACGGUGGAUACGAAAUUAACACGUCAAAGAUGGAGUCACCUUACGUUCAGUUGGAGAAGCAGGAGACGGUAGCUCCGACGCAGAAGAAGAAAAGUCGACUGAGGGAGAAGCUAUACCACGUAUUCACCGUCGUGGUCUUGGUGACGCUCUCACACUUGGCACUGCACGCGCAAUGGUUGUUACCCAUCUUCUACGCAAUAUCACUACCAAUUGUCAUCUCCAUUCGCAUCUUCAUCUAUUUCAAAAACAAAUGGCACUAUUUCCUGUUGGACUUCUGUUACUAUGCCAACCUCGCGUGGUUUAUUUUUAUAUGGAUAGCUGAUAGUCCCCGGAUGUUCGCCGUGGUGUUUGGGAUCGCUAAUGGUCCCCUGUUGUGGGCCAUGGUGGUGUACCGGAACUCUCUAGUGUUUCACAAUCACGACAAAGUGUCCUCUUCUUUCAUACACAUAGUACCGGGGACACUGUCGUUCGCAAUACGCUGGUACCCGAAAACUACCUCUACACACUGGGUCAAGGACUUCAACGUGGGAAAUACGGACUGGGACCCGGAAAUGCUGAUAUGGCUCUUCCUUAUUCCACUCUGUUGUUUUCUUUUUCACAGUGGCAUGUAUGCCUUGGUCAUUCACGUGAUAAAAAAGCCAGGUCCGGAACAUUUCCUCAGCUACAACUACCUCGGAACAAAGAAAGGCGGAUGUAUACAUUCACUGUUCAACUGCUGUGGGGAAGGGUCCCGGAAAUUCUUCUUCUACUUUUUUAACUGGCUGUUCUGUUUCUGCUCACUGACCGGUGUUGUCCUGUCUUUCUAUUUUUUCGCCGCACACUGUGUCCUACUAGUCACACUGACGUUGAUCAUUGUUUACAACGGAGCUAGCUAUUACAUGCACGUGUUCAGUGUCCGGGGUUUCGUGGAUGAAAUCGAAUGAAGACUACUUACCUGGAACAAUUCCGUCGUUCCACACACAAUAGUGUGUUUGGAAGGGAGAGACAAAAGUUUCUGGACGUUUCGACAAACUGACAAUCUGUGCUUGGACGUCUGGACAAACUAUGCUCGCUUUUUGUGCGGGAAAAAUACAGUAUUUAUUGUCUCCUUGGUUCGUCUUGACGGAGACAAGGUUCAUCUAUGCUUUUAACCUAUUUUGGACAUUCCAUUGACAGCAUAUUUUUUUCAAUGAAAAAAGAUACUUAUGCUGACAAAAUCUCCUUUGGAUAUACUCUUGCUCCACAAACAGAAUGUGUGCGUGCGCCGACACUAUUUUGGACAUAGACAGAAUUUGGAGGCACUCCGCCAGACGUCCUUUGGAAUACACGCCCAAAUAACGUGUUAAGUUUACGCCUCUGGAACAUCCUUGAACACACGUCGUCACAUAUGCCAUCGGAACGUAAUUUGAAUAAACGCCUCCGAAACGUCCUUUGGUCAUAGACUGGUUUCUUUGAACGAGUACUCGCCGACACGUCAUUUGGAUAUACGCGUAUAGAGCAUCCCUUGGACAAAUACGCCAUUUUUGUCAUUCGCCGACCCUUUGGAACUUUAAGUGUCGGUCCGUGCAGAUGACGGAGAAGGGCAGCCUAUUGGAUCUACUCAUCGAGCCGAUAGCUAGAGUGUAACCUGUCUAAACUGAACACUACACUAAAACAUUUCUAAAACAAAGCAAUAACUGAAAUGUCUCUAAACUAUAAACUACGAUGUAUCAUCUCUAAACCGGAAACUACGGUAUAACAUCUCUAAACCGGAAACUACGGUAUAACAUCUCAAAACCGGAAACUAUGAUGUAUCAUCUCUAAACCGGAAACUACGGUGUAACAUCUCUAAACCGGAAAUUACGGUAUAACAUCUAUAAACCGGAAACUAUGAUGUAUCAUCUCUAAACCGGAAACUACGGUGUAACAUCUCUUAACCGAUAAUUACGGUAUAACAUCUCUAAACCGGAAACUAUGAUGUAUCAACUCUAAACCGGAAACUACAGUGUAACAUCUCUAAAAUGGAAAUUACGGUAUAACAUCUAUAAACCGGAAACUACGAUGUAUCAUCUCUAAACCGGAAACUAUGAUGUAACAUCUCUAAAUCGAAAACUACUGUGUUACAUCUCUAAACCGGAAACUACGGUAUCACAUCUCUGAACCGGAAACUACGGUGUAACAUCUCUAAACCAGAAACUUCGGUGUAACAUCUCUAAAUCAGAAACUGCGGUGUAACAUCUCUAAUCUAUACACUACGGUGUAACAUCUCUAAACUAGAAACUACGUUAUAACAUUUCUAAACCAGAAACUAUGGUGUAACAUUUCUAAACCGGAAACUACGGUAUAACAUUUCUAAACCAGAAGCUACUGUGUAACAUUUCUUAACCGGAAACUACGGUGUAACAUUUCCAAAACGGAAACUACGGUAUAACAUCUCUAAACCGGAAACUACGGUGUAACAUCUCUAAACCAGAAACUUCGGUGUAACAUCUCUAAACCAGAAACUGCGGUGUAACAUCUUUAAUCUAUACACUACGGUGUAACAUCUCUAAACCAGAAACUACGUUAUAACAUUUCUAAACCAGAAACUACGGUGUAACAUUUCUAAACCGGAAACUACGGUGUAACAUUUCUAAACCGGAAACUACGGUAUAACAUUUCUAAACCAGAAGCUACUGUGUAACAUUUCUAAACCGGAAACUACGGUGUAACAUUUCUAAACCGGAAACUACGGUGUAACAUUUCUAAACCGGAAACUACGGUAUAACAUUUUUUAAAUAGAAACUACAGUGUAACAUCUCUUAACCGGAAACUACGGUAUAACAUUUCUAAACCAGAAUCUACGGUGUAACAUCUCUAAACCGGAAACUACGGUGUAACAUCUUUUAACCGGAAACUACGGUGAAACAUUUCUUAACUGGAACAUCAAUGGAAAAUCACUCAAUCGGAAACUAAGGUGUAACAACUCUAAACUUGAAACUAAUUUAGUCGGCAACAGUUCUGUCUGAUCUAGAAUAUGUAAUCGACAAAUGGUGCCUUGUGAGCUAGUUAUCAACGGCCCCUCGUUAACAAGUAAUCAACUCUAUGAGUAUUUUGUGAACUAUAGAUAUCAUCAAACGAUGCCUUUUGACUGAACUAGUAAUCAUCACACGGCACGAUAUGAACUUUGAAUUUGUCAGAUGAUGCCUCGUGAACUCGUAAACUUCAAAUGGUGUAAUCUUAACUAGCACUAGUCAAAUGGUGUAAUCUUAACUAGCACUAGUCAAAUUGCGUAUUGUGAACCAGUUAUCGUCAAAUAACAUAUGAUGAACUAUGAGUAUACUACUCGGCCUGUUAUGUUAUUGCAUUUUAAACGAGAACAAUUAACACACAAACACAUUGUUAGCUGUUCUAUCUCGCGAGCCUCAUGGUAACGGUGGCAUUGGAAUCAUGGACUCUGCGGCUCUAAUAUAAUCAUCCCGAUUUCAUUCCAUCACGGAGACUCGACAUUCACUCCGAUCUCACCCCAUUGUUAAGUUAGAAGCGUCAACACAGCAUUUCCAUAAAUUAAACUUUAUUUAGUUUACAAGAAUCAGGAAACAAAUUAUAUCAACUUACCAUGUACAUUUUGUAUGUAAAUUACUCUUACACUAGACGCGCGCAGAGGGUCAUAAUGUAGAUGGAAACCGGACUUACCAGAUAAAACCCACGUGAUCGGGCAGGUGCUCCAAUACCUUUUCAGGUCAGAUUGGAGAAUCGAACCCCAGUCGUCAUGUUGAAAGGCGAGCGUGAUAACCACUGCGCCACCUGACCAAACAUAAUCUCCAUAUGUAUGUCAGCCCUUUCGUGUUGAUGUUUAGAGGAGACAUUUCAUUGUGUCAUGUUUCAUUACCAAUCUGCACAAACUUCGACAACAAACAUAUCUUACAUCUGGUUUAUAAUUACUAAUAUUAUAUGACCAACAUUUUCCCUUUGUCCUCAUUGAUUUGAUCAUAAUCACGCGGAGGUCCCUGAUUUGUUAUAUCGACUAGGUGAUGAUAAUCUUUAGAAACAGCAUGUCAGUAUUCAUUGUAUGACGUCAUUUAAAUUGUGGUGUCACAAUGCUUUCUGUCAUAUGCAACUUUUCAUACGCUUCAUUUUAUUUUUUUAACAUUAUUCAAGUAUGGCAUCUGAUAUAAUAAAUUAAGGGCUUUUAUUUCUGGCAUAUGUGCGAAGUCUCGGUCAAUAUCACUUUCUCGUGUUCAUAUAACCACAUUCAUCUCGGUCAAUAUCACUUUCUUAGGUCCAUAUAA